UAGUUUGUGAUGUAUAUUAUAUAAAAUGUUUUGUCUAUUAUAUACUAUGUAGAGUAUAUUUUAUUGCAAAAAAUGUGAUGUGAUGAUUAUUUUCAUUUAAUUAUAAGUUACGUUAUGUAAUAUUACUUUUUUCAUCUGGAAAUUACUAUUGAAAAUCAGUUUAUCAUGAGCAAUUCAAGUGAUCCAACAACAUCUUCCGAAGGCAUCUUUGUUGCUCGACAACCAGCUAGUUGGUUGACAACUAAAAAUAAGAAACCAUCACCGUCCGAGUUAAUAUCUUUCCGAUGCCCUUACACAUUACGUAAAGUAAGACGGAUUCAAUUUAAUAAUCGUUCCUGGACAGUGGGCGACAUAGUGUCUUUAGGUGAAGUAAAAUCCAAAAGAAUAUUUUAUGCUCAAAUUAUAGAGUUGUACGAGAACGACCUAUGUGAAAAACUCGCAAAGAUUAUGUGGUUAGGCCCAAAAGCAAAUGUCGGAGUUGUUAACGAACAUGAUAAAGUGCAUUAUGACAAAUUUCAACCAAGAGAUUUUGUUCACGUGUCUAUUGAUACACGAUUGAUACCCAUUCGCUGUCUAACAUUUGUAAUGAGUGUUCCAAAUCAGUAUGAGUAUAAAAAGUUGAUUGGUACCGAUUAUCUUGAUAAUACAAAAAUUAUUUCUCACGCUGAAAGGUAUGCCGAAUCAGACGAAGACGAUGGACCAAAACCAAAAUCUAAAGUUAGGCGAUUAUUAAACAAAUGAUCAAAAAUAUAACAAAUAUGUGUAUUUUUUUUCUUAACACAUGUUAUCUAAUACUAAUUUAUUAUAAAUGUUCAAUUUAUUUUGUAAAUACUUGUAAAACCAAUUCCUUUGUUAUAUCUACUUUAAUCUUUUGUUAUAAUAAUAAAAAUAAACAACAUAAAUUAUUUUCA